AUGGAUUGCGCAGGACGUGAUGGGAACGCCUCUCUCAACACCGGCAUCGAAGCCACACAGGGCAUGCAUUUAUCCAAACCUUUGCCCUUCCCAACCUUCACUGACCAAGCUCCUGGAGGAAUGUCGGUAGCGGAUCUUCCCUUGCAAGAGCUCUCUGGCGCCAACACCACCCUCAAGCAUUUUGUUGACAUCAUCCAUGACGUCGCGCCCCCCAACAAGUCGGACAUCGAAUCGGCCGUCACAAAAGGCAAUUGGAGCCCCAAGGACAUCCCGGCGCCUUUCUGCCACAAAACAGAUAUGGAGAUCAAGCUCAUCACCCAGUUUGUGGUUCUACCUCAGCAGAACGACAAAGUCACCGUUAUCAAACACAUGUACUGCCACGAGUUCAAGCUGAACAAGUCCACAGUCGAAUCCUUGUGUCAUAGUGAACCGCAAACCUUGCGAUGGCAUGGUCAGGCUAUGAACUGCCGGAAGGCCUGGCAGUGGUUUCUCGAACAACUGGGGGGCUGGCAGUGUCGACAAUAUGCGUUGACACAUGUUCUUCCGCAUCAGAAAGCUGCUGCAGAUGCUGGCGGUUCUUUCAUGUCCAAUCUCACUGAGGAGGACGUCGACAAAGGAUUUCAAUUCAUCGCAGACGAAGCACUCGUCGACAAAUCGCUGAGAGCCAUCCAGACUGAUGGUGUCUUGGCACUCCCGGUCGAAGAUUUCUUCUUCACUUUGGCAGAUGUGGACCUAGACGUUCUUGACUUCGCCGUUCGUCCCAUUAUCAAGACCAUGAAAACCGUUGCCGCCGGGAUUCUAGGAGGCCCUGGCAGCGGCAAGACACCUCUUGCACGGAUCAUCGCUCUAUGUGCUUCGCGAUAUUGGAAACGCGAACUCGGUAUCUCCUCCCCGGCAUCCUUCCGAGAAGCAAGUGAAUUUGAUUUCUUUCGCGGACAGCCUGGCCGCAAAGAUCGACCGGAUGUACAUGAUGACGGGCGUCUCGCAGAAGAACCUAUUCGCAAAAUGAAAGGUUUCACUGACGUCGGUUGCACCAUGAUGACCAAGGAGAGGUGGGGGGCUGCCAAGUUCGUUCAAGGUCAAAUGCGUGUCUUUGUGUGCAACGACUAUGUUUUCACGGAAGCUCUCAAACAGCUGCAAGAUCAUCGCUCUGGCUCCAUCUCUUACCUGACACAUGAAGAAUUCUUGGAUGUGAUCGCUCCAAUGUUCCCCAAAGACACAGAAGAUCCACACAAGAUGGCUGUUCUGAAGCGCUCUAACAUCCUUGUCAGUGCAGGCAACUGCUUACUUUUCCGUCGCUUUACCCAAGAGGAGAUCACGGUUCCAUGUCUCAGCAUGGGUGCUUCUGCUGAGUUUCUGAAACCUUCCAGUGGUGACAGGUAUCAACAGUACCGCGACACCAAUGUCUCCAUGCAUCCGAAUUUCCAGCGAGACGUGCAGUGGGAGGCUGACUAUGUGGACGCAAUCCUCAAUGGUAAAACGCCGCCUCGUCCGGGCAUCACUAUCAUAAACAGCAAUGCCAUUCGCCAGUUGUUUCAUGGAGAUACUCCAGCUUCCAAAUCAUCUUUCGCGGCCGCCGCCUCCCAUCAGCAGCUGUCCCGCUCAGGUACCCCGCCUCCCAAGGCGCCGUCGGCGGCAACCUCUUCGAAUGAACCGCCAGCCCACAUCAAGCAGGAGCCCAUCGCAUUCAACCGCAAGUUGUCGAGUUUGUCAGGUACGAUCAUUGACUUAGACAGUCCACCACCAAAGGUUUCGCGCAGGAACUCUGCCAUCGACGUGCAUUCCGGCGAGAUCCUUGCAGAGCCUGCCCACACGCAUUUCGCUGAGCCCGUCGGCCCGCCAUCAGAAGCCCCAUCACAGGGUAGCCCUAUGGAUGUGAUGGAGGAAGAACUGCACGAUCCCAUGGAUGAUCUCGAGAAGCUGCUCGAGGAGGACAUGGACAGGCACUUUUCCGUGAUCUUGUUGAUGUCUCAUCGCGUUUUGUGUAGAGGAAACUUGCUAUGGAUGGCUUGCCAUUUGAAGCGAUCAAUUGUGUGUAUCCACGUCCCUUUGAUCUUCCUCAGCUUCACCAUGCCGCCCAAGGAGAAGUUCAACCCCUUCCCGCCUCCCAAAAAAGGCGUGCGACGGAUGAUUGCGAAGAGACCUGCAGCUAUGAAGUCUGCGAUUUGGAACAAAAUUCCUUAUGUCAAAGACAAUAACGGUGGUCAUGUGCGUUUGGAGAAGGCCAAGUGGCGCCGCACCAUCCAGGAACUCCUUUCAGCAAGCAACGAGAACUGCGGACGGUGCAACAAGAAGGGCUGUCAGCGUUAUUUUCUUCCUCAACACCUACACCCAUUCUUCACGGCAACGAACGGGCCAGAGGGUCACUCGCUUCAAAUGCAGGCUGCAGCACUUCUUCUUCGUCUCCUCAAUGUUCCGCUGUCCAGUAUCCAUUUGCUCACACACAUCAAUCACAAAGCCCUAGAAAGGCUCAACCGCAACAUCUUGCUCAUGCGCAAGGGCUAUGUCCAAAAGGCGGAGAAGGAAAUCAAGUUCGAAGGCUGUCCAAGGGCUUGGAAAGAGGUCGAAGCCGACGAAGCGACCUUCGAUAAGAAGACUCUUUCCCCUCAGGAGCUCGGCGUGAACCAUGACAAACCAGUGCUCUGGGAGCAGUGGGGAGCCAUAGUGCAGCGCGGGGCUCCUGAGACCCUCGUGUUGACCAAGCUAAACCCAGCAAUGACAGUUCCUCGUGCGCCCGGUCCUGGUGCCAUCAGAAAGGUGGAUUGGAAACCUCUGGCCUUGAAGCACAUCGCAAACCGAAAUGUCAUCCUCCACACGGAUUCGGCCCGCUCCUACAAAAUGAAAUUGCCCGGGGUUGUGCACGAUGCAGUGGUGCACAAGAAGAAACGUGUCAAGAAGAACGGCAAGUGGGUGUGGUUGAAGCCGACCUUCGUUCGCAUCUCGAAGCACAAGUUGCCUGAUGGCCGUAGAAUUUCCUGUAAAGCGGGCACCCAAAUCGUAGAUCGCGCGUGGAAAUUCAUCAAAGCCAGACUCACCAGGAACCAGUAUGUAAAGGCAUCCUCCUUGUUGCUUGCUGCACAGAUUCGCAGUGCACAGUGGGAGUACUGGAACCGCCAACGUGAUCUCUGGUUGUGUACUGGGCAUGUUGUUGCUUCCUACAUGGAAGGCAUUGUGAGGAGGUGA